UGGCGCAGUAUUGCUGCAUCUGCGCUCUAAACAAACGAAGAAGAAGAAAAGCGCGUCAUUGUCAUCGCAGACGAAGAAGAACCACAGCUCGGAGGAAACAUGGCUUCCCCUGCUGGCUGUGAGCAUUAUAUUCGCAGCUGCUUAUUGAAAGCACCUUGCUGUGGUAAACUGUAUGUGUGUCGGCUGUGCCAUGAUGCAGAGGAGAACCACCGGAUGGAUCGAUUCAAAGUGAGAGAGGUGCAGUGCUGCGGGUGUCAGACAGUUCAGCAGGCACAACAGACUUGCCAGCAGUGUCAUGUGCAGUUUGGGGAGUAUUACUGUGACAUUUGCCACUUGUUCGACAAGGACAAGAAGCAGUAUCACUGUCAGGACUGUGGAAUAUGCAGGAUUGGUCCCAAGGAGAAGUAUUUCCAUUGUGUGAAGUGUAAUCUGUGUUUAGCCCAGGAUCUGCGGGGAAACCACAAGUGUGUUGAAAACGUUUCAAGGCAGAACUGCCCAGUAUGUAUGGAGGAUAUUCACACGUCCAGGAUUGGAGCUCACGUUCUUCCAUGCGGCCAUCUUUUACACAAGACCUGCUUUGAUGACAUGGUCAGAACAGGAGCAUAUCGCUGUCCUCUGUGUAUGCACUCUGUGUGGAACAUGGAGGACCACUGGGAUCAGAUAGACAAAGAGAUUGCCCAGUCACCGAUGCCCACUGAGUACCAGGGCGCUACUGUCAAAAUCAUAUGUAAUGACUGCCAAGCCCAUUGCACGGUGCCUUUCCACGUGCUUGGAAUGAAGUGCAGUGGCUGUGGCUCCUACAACACGGCACAGGAGGGAGGACUCAUCCAGCAGCCUCCACAACAGGAGCAGGACACUGAGAAUGAAGCAGAAACAGACACAGAGCCAGAGCAGCAAGACCCUCCUCAGUCACCCACACCACAAUAAAAUGACAGGAGAACAUAGUGGGUGGCAUUUAUACUUUAGAUAAUUGGCUGGUGCACUUAGCUGUUGUAACUUUAACUGAGCCAAUGAUCCUAGAUUGUACAUAAUACGAAAAAAAAAAAAUCUGUCUAUUUUCUGUACCUGCCUGUUCUCUUUAGGACUGAGACCUGUCCCAGCAUUCAGUGGGUGAGGUGAAGGUUAUACCCUGGACAGGUUGGUCAGUCUCUCACAGGACAUUCACAUACAUUGAUACCUACAGGCAAAGUCCAUCUGACCACCCAGGAAGGUCUUGCUGGGGGGUGACAGUCUUACGAUUGAGCCACUGUGUGGCACCGUGACAAAAGAACUGAGCAGGUUAACUACUUCAAGUGAGGAAGUGCUGGUUGAGGUUGGACAGUCUCAACCAGCUAUGAUAGUUUCCUCUUCAGUUCAGGGGCUGGGUCAUAAAAGCUAUUUAAAUGUUCUCAGUAAGACACUGUGUGAAAAAAGGUGUGUCAGCGUGUCAUAUAUAUAUAUACACUGGGGGUUGACUGAUUAUCAGGGCCAAUAUUCAGCAUUUUUCAGAUUAUCUGUAUCGAUUAUUUUUUUUUGUCAGAUUGCAGAUAAAAUAAACUUAUUUGGCUACUUUGGCUGUGAUGCAGAAUCCACUCACACAAUGUACCGCCUACAACAAUAUCUGAUUGGUAACACAUCACAGCUAUAAACACUGAAUAAUCAGAAUAUGUAUCGGUAUCGGUCAACCCCAUAAUAUACACAAUACUGUAUCUGCUUGUGCAACUAUACUCAACAAUCCACCAGUUUGGAAAAAAGCCUCAUCAGUCACUUGUAUAGAAAUUAACACAAGCCUCAGGCAAAUGUCAGCUUGAUUAACCAAGUAGUAAAUAACUGACGUUAAGUGACUUUUUGGUGGCAUGGCACAAAGGAAUGUGUUAACCAAGGGCAUAUGUUUAUAGAAAAGAAUAACUGGAACUCACUGACGGAAAUUAGAAAUGCAUUGAGACAUACAGAUAUUUAGAAAGCAAGAUUCACAGGGCAUAUGUGCCGGAAGAAAUUGUAAAGGGUGCUGAAGCCUUCUUCUAAAUUUGAAUUCUUUAUUGGUGUGCACGCCACUCUCUAUUUUUUUUAUUAAAAAAUGAAUGUACAAGUGGUGAAGCAAAUGUUGCCUAUGAAAUUCUUGUUUGAAGGCAAAAUAUGUGCUCCAUUUAUAGACUAAAGGAUAGCACCAAUGUCAAUAAAGUUCAAAACACAGGUUUUGAGACUUGCCUUCCAGUGACUGAGUUUUUUCAUGUUAAAGGUGCAGUAUGUAGUUUGGGAGAGAGAUUUUAAUCAGAAGAGAAAGAUCUUCUUUGGUUGUUCACUAUGUUUAUAUGUGGCGGACCCUGCCACCUUUCUAACUUCAGUUUGUUUAUUCAUUACUUGUGUGUUUGGGGGUUUUUUUGUAUUAUUACCUCAUUAAUAUUGUAAAUAUUAAAAUUUGAAUUUAUUCUCCAAAACUACAUAGUGAUCCUUUAAAUAGGUAAUGUUUACAUCAAUUGUUUGAAGAUGAAAUAUGUUCUUGCCUAAAUUUUAUCAUAAACUGAUGUCAUGAAAUUACAUCUACAACACCUUCACCUUUAGAUUAGCUCUCAUACAUACACACAGUACUAUAGUUUCUGGUCAGGCCGCUGUAACAAAGGACCAUUACUGCUGGUCUCAUUUGCUGUUUGUGUCUUUGUUACUUACCUGUGUAAAGUUUGUUUACCUUAACAGUAAUACAAAUUUAAAAUAAAAACAUAAUUUUACUAAAUAAUA